UGAUGUAUCUUCGUAGACUGGUUGCGACAAAUUAUUUUCUUCCAGGGUCAGAUUACUGAGACAACAUCUGGGUUUAAUUCUAUUUGUAGUUGAUUUCUUCCUGGUGGUAUAGGGAGCAUUAAGAAAGCCAUUUACAUCUGUGACUUUGUUCUCCAUGCUGAAGAAUAGAUAAUCUCACCAGAAAAGAAACAGCUCUUUCCAGGUCUAUCUUGCUAAGAACAAAACAAUGACACAACCUGAAUGUCAAGGAAACUUAAAUAAGUUUAAACAGUUUGAAAAGGGAGGAGACAUGGCAAAUGAAGUAUAUAAGAUGUCAUGGGAGAAGCAAAUGGAAGAUUUAUUCAAAGCAUUCAAGCCAAAACGAGACUCUUCAUCAUAUAUUCCGGCAGCGGCAGAAAAGCCCUGGCAGUUUCAAUUUUGGGAUAUUAAUAAUACAUUUCUCAGAGUGGUGGACAAAGUAUUGAUGACAACUCCACAAAUUUCAAAUUCACCAGGAUGUUCUUUUGAUGUAGUUCCUAAUACCGCAUUAGAUUCAACAAGGAAUCCAAUCUUUAUGGGUGCUGAUAAUCAUGUUGUGUCCUGUAUAAAGUCUGAUGAUGGACAGCUUCAAAUACAGCUCAUGGAGGAAGAUAUUAUGAGAGUGUAUAAAACACCAGAAAAGUUCAAGAAUUUCACUUUCUACAGUACAAGUGAUGGCAAGCCAGAGAUUUGCACUUUUGAAUCUGCAGAGUUCCCAGGUUGGUUCAUCAGCAGUUCAUCUGAGCCGAAUAAGCCUAUUGGUUUAAAUCAAAAAGGAGGACCUGAAAACAUCUUGUUUUAUUUUACAAAGAUAGACUAAAUCAAAUUUAUUAAUGGUAAGAUAGUUAUUCCAGUGUAGGAGGAGGACAGCUGAGAAUUGUUAUGUUUCCACAAGUGGAUUCAAUCCAAUUCCCCUUGAUUUCGAUUAACUAUUCAUAGCCCCAAUUUAAUGCUUACUGCUAAUUAAAUAGCCUAACACAUUUUGCACCUUUGAUCUAGGAAAUUGAUCAAAGAAAAUUAGCACGCACAAAAUAUACUUUGCAACCAAUACUAUUUUCCAGCUUGCAUUAACAAGUGAACUGAUUUUUUGCAUUUCUUUUGACCCACAUUUUGUACUGGCAUUUCUUAUUAAUAAAAAAUAUGUUUCACA